AUGUAUUUGAGAAAAACACUUUCUAAUUUUACAAAAAAAUAUAAUGUUUUAUAUUUAAACUUUAUACAACAGCAACAAAAUAUACAUUCAUAUUAUGUAGAUAAAAAUUAUAUCCCUUCGUUAAUUUUAACAAACAAAUCACAGUAUUCAAACGUAUCACAGCGUUCAAGCGAUAGUCCAUUAAAAUGUUGGAACUGUAAUUUUGUAUAUAAAUCUGAUUUGUUUUGUUCUAAAUGCAAAGUUCUACAAGAACCACCUGAAAAUUUAACUUAUUUUGAUAUAAUAGGCAUUGCGAAAAGUUACGAUAUUAAUAUAUCGGAAAUUCAAAAAAAAUACAAAGAGCUUCAAAAAGUGUUGCACCCUGAUAAAUUUAGUACUAAAUCUGAGAAAGAAAAGCAACUUUCUGAAACCUUAUCAACAUUAGUGAAUGAAGCUUAUAGCACGUUAUUACAUCCUUUAAAAAGAGGAUUAUAUAUGCUAAAGUUAAAUGACAUAAUGAUAUCAGAAGGAACAAAUAAUGUGGAUAAAGAAUUUUUAUUUGAAAUUAUGGAAAAAAACGAAGAAGUGGAAGAUGCUGCAAAUAACGAAGAAAAAAUAAAAAAACUAAUACAGGAGAAUGAGAGUAUUUUAAAUGGUUUGACAAUGGAAAUAACAGAUGCAUUUAAGCAAGAAAAUAUCAAAAAAGCAGAAUCCCUUCUUAUACGUAUGAAGUAUUAUGAUAGUAUAAGUAACAAAUUAAAAAAAUUGAGAUAUGAUUUAGGUAUCAUAGAGUAAAACAUAAUU